UUUCGAUUCCGAGCCUCCUCUACGAAGGUCUGAUCAUCUUUGAGCUACAAUAUCCAUGAGAAUGAAAAUGGGUAAUAAUACACAAGGAGAAUCGGAACCAAUCAAGAUUCCAGAAGGACAGGCUUGUUACUGGGAAUGAGAUCACACAACUAGAUUGGCACGAUACGGAAACAAACCGGCCAAUUUACGAAAGAAGAGGAGACACACGGAAAUUGUGGCGCCGCACCAUGAGUUUCAGCUCUUGGUUGUUGAAACUGCGAUCCCUUUCCGAGCUCAGGAAUAUAGUGGGGGGGUUCCCAGGCCACCUAACCUAUGGCCGCGGUCCAGUUAAAGCAUCCCUAAGCUAGCCGCUAAAGUUUGCCCGGCCUUAGCGGCGCUUCACAAUGCAUAGUCAUACAGGACAGAUAAGGAUAUGAGACUCACAAAGCAUCCAUGAACCAAUCCAUGGAAUUGUGUCCACCGGUUUUCGUUGACACCGUUUCCCACCAUACAUCCCUUACAAAAGAAUUUAUUGCAUGAAUUGCGGGGGUUUUAACCGCAAGUCCCAGCCAACAACGUUCGCGUAAAGAACCAUCACUCAGCUUGUCCGACGAGAGAUCACAUAAUUCUCGUGGAUGGCAGCUUAAUACCUUGAAUUCUCUUUCAAUGGUUAUAGGUAUGACCAUGCAAUAGGGAUCUAGCUGGGCCAGUGUUAGGGAGCAUAUAUCUUCACGGCUGAGGUUUUCGAGCUGAGACAACCCCUGUUUGAGACCUCAAGAGCCUCAAUGCGUUAUUGCUACAUCUCCCAACGAUGAUACAACCGACUGCAUGGCAGAGUAUCUCUUCCUCAGACAACUCAUGAUAGUCUAGGCCAUCAUGAUACCGUUGAUAUAUGACCAUUGACCGUUUACGAAUCUGAAAGCCAGGUUGAACGGCGAACCACUGCCUUCAAGAAAUUGGCUGGCAGUCUGGCUUAAUUUCCUCUCCCUCUCUCAGAAGGAAACCCUCUCUAUCUCUCUCUGUAACUACGAUUAACCUGGUGUUGGCCGCCAAAUGAAGUUUUUCCUCAUGUCUAUCCUUUUUGUUUGAACUUCGCAAAUAGUGCUUCCAUUAGUUGUAUUUCGAUUUGUCGUUCGUUGCCGUCGCCAUCGGCUGUUAUAUCUCUUUCCGACCCAGACUGGGAUAGCAGUCAAUUUUCCGUUCAAUAUACUCAAGUUCUCAGACUGCUAUGAAAGUUGGCUUGUGGAUUACUGCUGUUUAAAUUUGUCUACUCACUCCAGCGGUACGGUGGGUUGGAGCCGGAGCUCAACACCUUCAAGGCCGUGAGGUUCCUAGGACCUGCGAAAAGAAAAUGAAAAGACUCUUCAACAGGGUGUGCCUUCUGCUCGUAUUGGUUGGGAUAUCAGGAGGGUUAACAAACGCAAGAAUACUAGGCCCGAGAGAACACCAGAAAUUCUCCCAGCAGGGAAAGGAUCUUCAAUCAAACAAUUUAUUACGCUCUCGGUCAUCAAAUGGCCACAUAAUCGGUGCCGCUGGCGUUGCGGUACCUCCAACCCAUAACAGCGUAACAUUUAAUGAGGGUGGCAUCGUUAUCAAUGUUAUAAAUUCGGGGGACAGCCCCAACGUUCACGGACAAGACCAAGGGCACGCCUCACUGUUUCCCCCAGCACGUUCUCUUGCAAAUUCUCCAGAGCUAGUAGCAUUCGAAUCCCCCUCUCGCACUACACUCCUGACACAGUCUGUCGGGCAAUCCCCAUCAUCAAUAUCUCCGGAGCUUGCAGCAGAGCCGUCAGGCAAUGCUUCAAUACGGUUUCCACCUGCUCCUCGAAACCAAACAGCGCCAUUUGCGAUUCCGACUACACAAGUACAGCAGUCUGAUAUUGCUGCGGAUGCCUGUGAUUGCCAGUGUCUUUGUCCGUUUCACUUUUUCAGCAUUCCUGCUAUGAAUUUGGCAUCAACAGUCGAUAUGGGAGAUGUACCACCACCGACAACGCUCGCCACUAUCGUUUCUCCAUCUGUUCCAGGGGAUCAAGUUUCCAGCACCGCAGCUGCAGCGCCAUUUUUCCCUCCGGCCAAUAGUAUAGCAACCUCUAGCUCGGUCUCUCCGACGAUUCCAGACCUUCAAGCCUCGAGCGUACCAGCAGUGCCCAUACCCCCUCUAGCUCUACCGAAACCGUCAGAGGACAGUAUCAUAACCGCGACUGAUACAUUUAUAUCCUCAGUGAGAGAUGCGACUAGGAGUGCUGUUGAGUUUGUAACGCCAAACGAGCCAGUGCCUGCGCCACCGAGAGAGACAGCGGUGACAAAUACAGAGGUCACUCAACCAAUAACGACAGAAACGGAUGUGACGCAGCCAGUGGAAACGGAAGUUGAACCAACGCCGAAUGUUGCCGUAUCCCCAGAGGACCCAGCAACCAUAACGGACGCAGACUUCACACAACAAGCAACAGAGAAUGCGGACGUGAGCGCUACCGCAGUUGAUGCACCCGCAGAAACAGAUGCAGAUUCCACUCAGAUGGGGAUAACACAAGCGCCAACGGAAACGGCGGCACCAGAGGUGGAUCCAGUGGCAGCGGAGAGGUUUGACAUCAGCACAAUGUCACUUCAUAGCGUGUUAACAUUGAGACUUGGGGGAUAGUAUGGAUAGUGUUCAAGGGGAAGUUGACUAUAGAGCCGAAACCAAUAGCAUGUUCAAUCGGCAUUAUUGGGAGGACCAGGCAGGUCUUGCGCUUUUCUUUCCAUAUUUUUUUCCCUUUUUUUUAAGGUGUUCGUUGAAAUUGUAUACCUACUAUCUGGUAGUUGGGUUAAUAUCUUCCUACUUUUUAAUGCUGUGGAUCAUGAUCUACUUCCAUUUAUAUAUUGUAGCCCUUCCGCUUUUUAUUUCAUUACAUUAUUAAAUUUUGCUUUGCCGCACCGUCGGUUUAACCCAGUUCUAUGUAGGAUUCCGAUAUCCAUUCAAGUUAUACAUGUCUAUCCGGUAGUUUACAAUACCAUAUUAACAGCAACGCCAAACCCCUAAGAAUGUAAGAAAGAAAAUGAGAAAGAAAAAAAAUACAAGCAGGUCAUUAUGUUUUAUCCUGCAUCAGGCAUCGG